UGCUCACGCUACUGGCAUUGUUUGGUAUCCACUUAUCAGGUGCGAACAUCACUGGAUACCGACUGGCGCCGAACGGUCUCCCUUGUGACGGUCUACUGGAGGUCAACAUCCCAGGGUCAUGUGAUUGGGGCCCAGUGCGGUACAUUUCCAGAUACAACUGGCGUGACCCACUGGAUGACCUGAUAUGUCAACAUUUCGGAUAUGUAAACGAGUCCGUUGUGCAACCAGCGGCCAAGCAAGGUUCAUACCCAGACGCGUGCAUGACCAUAACAAGAUGUUCUACGGACGCUAUGAAGACUAUCCAUGACAUCCCGGACAAAUGCGAUAUCCAAUACGGACCACCGAGGUCGGACUACGACAACUUAUACAAAGAAAUCAAGUGCAUUCCUGCUCAGCUCUUGGAUGGUGCCACACCCCUUCAAGGUCGAGUCGAGGCAGGUCUGUUCGGUCAGCUUCAGUCAAUUUGCUCACUCGGAUUUGACGCUCGGGCUGCCAACGUUACAUGCGCAUCGCUUGGAUACAGACGCGGCGUCACUCAGGUAUGGCAGAAUUCACAUUUCGGAGCAGGACUGAAGCCGAUUUACAAGCGAAACAUCACGUGUUCAGGUGAUGAGCUCUCACUUGAGCUGUGUAAUCAUAGCAACACUGAUAUACCCGGAUGUGACGGAAGCAACGUCGUCGGAAUCGAGUGCAAAGGUGAUAUGAUUAAGCUUGACCCAUUGUUUGGAAGCCGUCCGUACGAAGGUAUCUUGGAGGGGUUCCACGAUGACUUCCGGUAUGAUGUAAUUGGCAGCGUGUCUAACACCACCGCCAAGACCUUGUGCGCCAUGCUCGGACACGGGUUCGUUGGAUUUGCUGGCCUAGCGAUACCGAGCAGAAACCUGCACUAUUACAAGAUGGACGUGUCCUGUUCUGGAACGGAGAAGUCGAUCAACGAAUGCAAGGGUGACCUUGAAUACUGCGUGGCACAAAGAUACUGGCAUUGCAUGACGAUGUCUAACAUGCAUAGACAUGUGGCUCUAUUUUGCUCAGCUGGUGCAAACGACACUGAGGUGUUAGGGUCGCUUAUAUGCCAGGAAAAUGCCACAAGUCUCGCCGACUGUCAUGUGAAGCAUCAGUUCAGUUACCGGCCUUAUCGCGUGGACAACGCGUGCAGAAACUACGUUAAACUGAAUUGGUGGCACCGUCGGUUGAGUUUGAAGGCAGCCGACCACAAGUGCUCCUUCUAUGUGUUGGUACCUCUCCUGCGGCGCGAGGCCGAGUACCUGCCGGUGCAGGCCCAGCUGGUGCGAGAGGGAACCGGGCGGGUCCGACGCAACGUCUAUGUAAAUCUUGACGAGCAGCUUGGCCAGGUAUAG